AUGUUCUCUGAGGAGGUGAUGAACUGGUUGCAACAGCACUGUGAUAUCUCAGGAUGUCAAGAAGACCUUAUACGUUCCUGUCACACUCUCUGUUACACUGUUCAUCUGGGUCUGGAGACCAUGCUUACUUACCAGCCACAGCAUGGACACAUCCUGCUAGAUGGACAGCCUCUGCAGAACUACCAGCACAAAUACCUGCACAACAAGCUUGUUGCUGUGGGUCAGGAGCCUGUUCUCUUCUCCGGCACCAUACGAGACAAUAUAUCUUACGGAUUACCAGAGUGUUCACUCGCGAAAAUAGAGGAAGCAGCACGCAAAGCCAAUGCACAUGAAUUCAUCUGCCAGUUUCAGAAAGGUUAUGACACAGAUGUUGGAGAACGAGGAAGUCUUCUUGGUAGCAGUCAGAAGCAGCGCAUUGCGAUUGCUAGAGCACUAAUAAGACAGCCACAGGUUAUAUUACUGGAUGAGAUCACAAGCUUUCUGGAUCCUAAGAGUGAACAAAUGGUCCAACAAGCCCUGGCCAACUGCCCCAGUCAGACCUUACUGGUGAUUGCACACAGACUGAAGACCAUUGAGAAGGCAGACCAGAUUAUUGUGAUUGACCAGGGGAUGAUUGUGGAGCAAGGCAGCCACCAGGAACUCAUGGAGAAGAAGGGACAUUACUACAAACUGAAAGAAAAACUCUUUACUGAAAAUAACAGUAACAGUUAAUGUGAAACAUGUUUCAUUAAUGUGAAAUAAAGUCUAAUAUUAAACCUGGAGGCAUGGACACUUCAGCAGUAUACAGUACAACUGUAAUCAUAAACAACAAUAGAUGUUUUUGGUAUUUGACAAUGUCUUUUCAGCUACAGUGUCAAUAGUUUGUCAGUAUACUUUAUAUUUACACAUU